AUGGAAGGACAGCAACACCAAAUGCACCAGAUGAUCACUGACUUGGGUGAUCAGUUCAAGGCAGCCAUAAGGAACAUUCAAGCAGCUCCUGCAGCCACUGCUUCUCCUCCCCCUCCUGUUGCUCCACCGAAUGAUACGGAUGGGCACAUGAUGGAGAGAUUUCUCAAGAUGCAGCCCCUUUGCUUUGCUGGGAUCACCAAAGACACCCUAUUGCCUGUUAAAUGGGUGAAGGAGAUGGAGAAAGCUUUUGAAUUUCUGGGUUACAAUGAGCAGCAGAAGCUCACUUGUGCGAGGUAUAAACUUCAGUAUGAAGCAGAGGCCUGGUGGGAAACCACUAAGCCUAUUCUCCAAGCUGCCCAUCCAGUCUUAACUUGGGACAUAUUCAAGCAGGCUUUCUUCGGGAACUACUUCCCCACUAGUGUGAAGAAGAGGAAAGAAGUCGAACUGGAUGAAUUGACACAGGGACCUAAAUCUGUGUUACAAUACCAACAGAAGUUUGAAGAACUGUUCUUCUUUGCCCCUCCUCAUAUGGGUACUGAUGAAGCUAAGGCUCAGAAAUUUGAAGAUGGACUGAGGCCGUAG